UGGUCGGAGAAUUGAGGCGGCGAUUUGGAGAACUCACAUCUGCUGGUUGUAAGUCCAGUCGACGUUUGAGGCUCAGGCCCAGGGUUCGCCUCCGAUGGGCGGGCGGGUGAGCACUUCUAGCAGCUUCCAGCACCUGUGCCGCACCAAUGCCGACUGGAUGUCGCAGCUGCGUCCCCAGCUCUGGGAAGUCCCCCUGCACCACCUCUCCAUCCCAGGGAGCCACGACACCAUGACCUACUGCUUGAACAAGAAGUCCCCAAUUUCCCAGAAGGAGUCCCAGCUGCUGCAGCUCCUGAGCAAAGUGCUGCCCUUCAUCACCCGCCCCUUGGUCUUCAAGUGGUCGGUCACACAGGUUCUGAACAUCACAGAGCAGCUGGAUGUGGGGGUCCGGUAUCUGGACCUGCGGGUGGCGCACAUGGCGGGGGGCUCCGAGAAGAACCUGCACUUCGUGCACAUGGUCUACACGACCGCCCUGCCCCAGGACACGCUGACUGAGAUCUCCGAGUGGCUGAAGAACCACCCCCAGGAGGUGGUCAUCCUGGCCUGCAGGAACUUCGAGGGGAUGACAGAGGACCUGCACGAGUACCUGGUGUCCUGCAUCAAGAUCAUCUUCGGGGACAUGCUGUGCCCCCGUGGGGAGGUGCCCACGCUGCGGCAGCUGUGGGCGUGUGGCCACCAGGUGGUCGUCUCCUAUGAGGACGAGGGCUCCGUGAGCAGACACAGGGAGCUGUGGCCAGGCAUCCCGUACUGGUGGGGGAACAAGGUGAAGACCAGCGACCUCAUCCAGUACCUGGAGUUCAAGAAGAGCGUCGGGCGCCCAGGUGGGUCACGUCUGUUUGUGGCGGGCAUCAACCUCACGGAGAACCUGGUGUACCUGCUCACGCACCUCUCUGAGUCCCUGCAGACGAUGACAUUGCCCAGACUCCCGUGCCUGGAAGCCUGGGUCCGAGAGCAGUGCCCGGGGCCCGGCUCCCGCUGCACGAACAUCAUCGCGGGCGACUUCAUCGGUGCAGACGAUUUUGUCAGCAACGUCAUUCGGCUCAAUGACAAGCUGCUGAGGUUCUGACCUGCUGCUUCGUGUGUCCAGUACGUGGUGACCGUCAGUCACCGAGGCCCUCUGUGGAGUCCAGUACACAGCAGCUCCGAGGGCGACCCUCAGUCCUACAAGUUUGGCACCAUUUUUGUGACCAAAAGCCAGCAAGGACAACCGGGGUCCUGUGGGGUCUUUGUGGGGUCUGCUCAGCCUCCUCCUGCCUCCCUUGCAUGGAGCCUUACACUGGCAGUGGUCCGAGUUUCUGCACUGGGAUGGAAUUAGUAUAUAUGCGGAUGAUUAAAGAUGAUACAACAGCAUCUUGGAAGGAAGAAGGACCUGUAGUGUGGGGUUCUGUCCUUCUGGGGUUCAUCCCGUCUGUGCUGCCGUUACUGAGGAGAGGGGCUCAUCAGGCGACCUCUUUUGAGUGGCUUUGAGAGCAUCAGCAUACCAUUUGGGUAGCUCCAAGGGCCUGCUAACAUGCUCAGUGCUCAAGAUUAUUAUGCUGGUUGGAUAGGACUGAGAGCGCUGGAAUCCUACUGAGAAAAUAAAAAAACAACAAAGAAUAAUAAUUCCAACGAAAUCAAGGACUGUUCCCUUUUUCUCAGUCCAGCAGGCUUCCUAGCAGCUUGCUGGUUUUAGUUCAGUUUUUCCAAGUGUUAACAGGAAUGAAUUUAAUGGAAUGUUCAAGGAGUUUAUUACAAACACGGAAAUGACUGGCAGUGUUACAGAGAACGGCAUUGAGUAUGUGUUUCCCUCACACUUCCCGGGGGCCUCUCUCUGUAAUGUUUUCUUUACUGGGGUAAGAACACAGGUGGAGCAGGUGUAACACAGGUAUAACACGUGUAUAACGGGCCCUGCUCCAAGCCCUUGCUGUGACCUUGCUGUUACAAGUUGUUUUCUCGUCCUCAUGACUGUCCCUUGGACACUGCUCAUGUCUUCCCUGGGGUAAGAACACGGGUGGAGCAGGUAGAACACACAUAUAACGAGCCCUGCUCCAAGCCCAUGCUGUGACCUUGCUGUUCCAAGUCGUUUCUCGUCCUCACAACUGCCCCUUGGACUCUCCCCAGUCUUCUCUCUCACCUAGCCACUUCAGACAAGGUUCCCUGACCUUCCUCCUUUCUCUGCCCAGUCGUUCCAGGCCCAGGUGCAGUGGCUGCAUUGCUCCCUCUGGUGCGGACUGAAACUCAAACCUCUUGUCCUGACUCUCAUAUUUUUGCUCUCUUCACUGCACCUGUGAUUCUCUCCUUCCUCCCAAGGCCACAGCUUGGUGUUUGUCAGUUUUCCAACUUUCUUUCCCUCCUUUUGUCUCAAGGGCUUGUGGCAGACUGGCCAUUUUCCAAGGAGGUUUUGCUCUGUUUUCUGACAUCAGGGGUUCAGGUUUCAAAAACUAAAAAAGAUCCCAGAAAUACCUCAUUUUCUACAUGUAGAUUUUAGAAUCAGUAAUUUAAGUUUUUGGCCAAGUAGUGGACACUGAUCAUCAUUCCUAUCUCACUUCCUUCUGAAGACAGGAGCUGGGAACUCUUCUAUGGCUCAUGUUCUGGAAUAUUCCUCGUAUAGUGGAAGCACAUUAGACAUUAGGUUUUCUUAGGAGAGUAUUAAAAAUGACUAUUCAAUCCAUGUUGGAAUGAAUUCUCUUUGCAAUUCAAUUAGUCAUUUUCCAAAAGAGAAUCUGUUUUUGUCUUUGAUCCCUUAAAUGAAAGUACCUGGAAUCCAGAAAGACAAACUUGGGGACCAUAUCCCACUAGCUAUCUCAGACCCGUGACUCUGCUGGGUCAGGCUCCCCAGAAGAAAUGAACUCGAUGCUCAGGAAGAACAAGUCGAAGAUGAAGAAACAUGUUUUAACGAGAAGUCUGUGACUUAAUGACCAUCAUUUACCUCUGAACCUGUAUCACAAUUACCCCAGAUCUGCAUCAGGAACUAUCCAACAUGCAUCAUUCAAUUCUACAGAAUAAUUAAAGGAAAUCAAAGUCAGAUAUGUGUAUAGGUUUUUAUUACAACACAGGAAGCUUCAUUGUAAAACCCAGGAAGGAUCAUUAGAAAACGUUAGGUCAUUUGAUACUUUUUGCAGGUCAUAGGGGGUUUAAAAGAAAUCAGAUCGUGCCUUCUUCCUCUUAAGUUUAUUUUUGUGAUACAAAUUCAAGAAGUGAAUCAUAUUUUUGAAUCUCUUAAGUAUUUUAAGCUGUUCCAUGGGGACAUUAAGCAGAGGUUCUGUAUUUAACAUUCAAGAUGAACUUUCGAGACUUUUGUAUUUGGGGGGAUGUGUUAUCCUAAGGGGAAAUAUCCCUCUGGCAGGGCAUGGCCUCCUGGUCACCUGCCUGGGCCGCGGCCC